CCUCGAAACACCGUACGGUUUGCUUGCUGGAUGAAGUUUGUUACAAAAUUGUCCUGCAAGCAAGCUGAAGUACAUAGUGAAACACAUCUCAUAUGCUUUGGGUAUUUGCGGGUAAAUAAAAAUGGAAAAGACUAUUAGCUUGCCAAAUCAACUUAACAAAACCACUCCGGUUACCCUGGUGGAGACCACCAGCACUCCGUGUGGCGUGGAGCUAGUGAGCUCCUACCAGACGAACAGAGUCGGGGAUCCUAUGGACCUCAUUGCACUGGCACAGCAAGUGCAGAAGGGAGAUGAGUUUAUCAGGGCCAAUGCCUGUAACAAAUUGACCGUCAUUGCUGAUCAAAUAAGGUACCUUCAGGAGCAAGCAAGAAAGGUGUUGGAAGAUGCGAAGAAGGAUGCUGAGCUGCAUCAUGCAGCCUGCAAUGUGGUCAAGAAACCCGGGAACAUGUAUUACCUUUACAUGCGCGAGUCAGGACAGCGGUAUUUCUCCAUAAUCUCCCCUCAGGAAUGGGGACCCGGCUGCCCGCACAAGUUCCUCGGCGCCUAUAAGCUUCAGUACGACAUGUCUUGGACGCCUCUGGAGGACGUGGAAAAAAGAGACGCAGAAAUCGGCAUCAUGGACAAGCUGUUAAACCAGCAGACUGCCCUGCCUCCUGCGUCGGAGCCCAACUUUCAGGGGCUGUCCUAAGACUGAACGUCCGUGACCGAGAACCAACUGCCUUCCGUUACUAUCGGGACUUUAAGGGGUAUUAAUUAUGUUUUUUUUUUUUUUUAAAGAAUAACUGUGCUUACUGGACGUGCUGCUACCAAACUACUGAAUCUGACAUUUGUCACUCACAGUGAACUUUGAUCGGCCCUUGCGUACAACUUGGGUUGUGUUCUUUGUUACGAGCGUAGUCAGGGACUAUUUCAUAACAGUCCUCAGACUGUGCCAGGUUUAGUGGAAAAUGUCAAAAGUUACAAAAUGAAAGAUUUCAAUGUCUUAUCCAGACAACUUAUGUUAGCAAGCCAAAUCAUACCUUUGAUACAUAAUUUAGGCUUUGAACUUUAUGUAGUUUUCUAAAUCAGUAAUCAGUAAAGUCUUCCAUCUUCUUCACAAACAAUGUAAUAAUGACAAAUGGUAUUUAAAAUUAAAUAUGUAUAACAUUCAAAAUUUAAGAAAGCCAGUGAAGACCUGUUCAAAAUCAGAAAUCCUACCAUUUGUGUCUGCGUUUCAGUGCUCAUACUUUUGUUGUUUGCAGCGUUUCCUAAACAGUUGAGUUAUCUCAUCAGGUUUGAGGAGGGUUCAAAUGAGGAACAGAAUGGUUGUCCAGGACAAGUUUGAACCUUUGAAUUCAGGAUAAACAACUAUGAAUCAGUUUAUAAUCCUCCAAUGUAUUUCAUCUGCUGUAUAAAUAUCUAUAUAAGUUUCCAUUCAAAUGUGGGGGAAAAAAAUACUGUCUGUAAUUUAUGCUCAAAUACUUUUUUUUAAUUUCUGGGAUUGGGUUUUAAUUGCUUUUAUUUAAGGAAUCGUUUUUUGAAAUGCCAAUUGCAGCUUUAUCUGAACCAGCUAUGAAGGCAGCAGUGCAAUGUUUUUAUCUGAGUGUCCCCAAUUGGUGCCAGAUUUAAUCCAGAAUAUUACGUUAGGCUUUUUCUGCCAAUUUAUAUUUGAGGAAGUACUCAUGGAUUACUUGAAAUGUUGUAGCAAUUAUAUUUAUUCUCUUAUUAAAUGUUUUAAUGUGAUUCAAUGAAUGAAAUUUACAGAGCCAUCAGAUGAGAGUAAAACAUCUAAUAUCAAAUAAAAUGACUGAAAUUCAA